UUUUUUUUUAUAAAAGAAAGGUAUGCAGAUUUUCGUGAAAACUUUGACGGGUAAGACUAUCACCCUUGAGGUUGAGUCAUCCGACACUAUUGAUGCUGUCAAGACCAAGAUACAAGAUAAAGAGGGAAUCCCUCCUGAUCAACAGCGUUUGAUCUUUGCCGGAAAGCAGCUCGAGGAUAAUCGUACUCUUUCUGAUUAUAAUAUCCAAAAAGAAUCAACCUUACAUUUAGUUCUUCGUUUGAGAGGUGGUGGUAAGAAACGUAAGAAGAAAACCUACACCACGCCAAAAAAGAUCAAGCACAAGAGAAAGAAAGUCAAAUUAGCAGUACUCAAAUAUUACAAGGUUGACGAUAAUGGCAAGAUUUCGCGACUUCGCAGAGAAUGCCCAACUGCCACAUGCGGUGCUGGCAUUUUUAUGGCAUGGCAUUAUGACCGUCAAUAUUGUGGAAAGUGUGGCUUAACUUAUGUAUUUAAGAAAGAAGAAACUGAAUCUUAAAUCUUGAAUAAAAAGUAUAUAAGAGAAGCAGUGAUAAAAAAUUAUCAUUUUUUUUUUUUUAAUUCAUUGUGACGAUGAUCUAAAAUAAUAAAAUUAUACGCUAAGUUAUCAAUACAUACUGGUUACAGCAAGUAAUAAUUAGUAAAUCUUGAUA